CCAGCUCUGUCCGUGGUGCUGAAUUGUAUUUUUACCGGUCCCCAUUUUGAAAUGAUACGUUUUUCAACGAGUGAAGAAAAAUUUAAUACAACAGGUAUUCCCAUGUUAACGUUCAAUCAAGGCCUCGUAGUUUGUUUUUAAUUAUGACAUUAACGGUGGCAUCCUGUGGUGGUCUUCGAGUUAUUCCAAUGUAAUUUUCCAGUUGAUCCCACAGUGUCGCUGCUCACUUGCAGAUAUGAGGCAGAUUUUUUCCUCCACCCACUGCAAGAGGGCAGUAAUCCCAGCCUUAAUACCAUAGCUGCCAUUGUUGAGGAGCAGCGUAGGGUAAUGUUACGAUUGCAUCUCAAGUGUAUAUGAGACAUCAGUAAUUUGCAUGCCCCUGUUUUCCUUCGUGAUAAACAAUGGAGCACAGCGGCAAAUCAUUUCUUAGUUUCAUCUGGGGCUUUGCUGUCUUCGUUCACAUCACAACAGCAGACCUCAGCUAUAGUGUUCCGGAGGAGAUGAGACCCGGAUCCAUUGUUGGAAAUAUUGCCAAGGACCUCGGGCUGGAAGGAGGGAAAUUGGUCGCUCGUAAAGCCCGUAUUGAUACCGAGGAAAGCUAUCAGCACUACUGCGAUAUUGAUCUAAAAACGGGAAAUUUUGUCAUCAGGGAAAGGAUUGACAGAGAGGAGCUGUGUGGGGAGAAGGUGUCGUGUAUGCUUAAAUUUGAGUUGGUCCUCGAGAGCCCUUUGGAGCUGCACCGCAUUUCACUGCUGAUCCAGGAUGUAAACGACAAUGCACCCGUUUUCCCAAAGGAUACAAUUAAACUGGAAAUUAGAGAAUCUGCUGUCAAAGGAGCGCGAUACCGUGUUAACGAAGCACAUGACGCAGACAUCGGACAGAAUACGGUUAAACAUUACAGUUUACAAAAUAAUGAACACUUUGUUUUAUCUGUUCGAGACGAUACUGAUGGAUCUAGGAACGUCGAGUUGGUGUUAGACAAAGAGCUAGACCGUGAAAAAGAACAUGAUUUAAAUUUCGUGCUUAUUGCUGCUGAUGGUGGAAACCCACAAAGAUCAGGAACUGCCAAUAUACACGUGACUGUGCUGGAUGCUAAUGAUAACGCCCCAGUGUUUGACCAAGCCUUUUACAGAGCCAGUCUACCUGAAAACUCUGCGCUUGAUACUGUAGUUGUCGCAGUAAGUGCCACUGAUGCAGAUGAGGGAGUCAAUGGGGAGGUGAUAUAUGAAUUUAGCCGCAUUUCAGAAAGAGCCAAGAAGCUUUUCUCACUGAACAGUAAAACUGGAGAGAUUAAAGUAAUAGGGACACUUGAUUUCGAGAGUAAUUCUAAAUAUGAAAUGCGAAUCGAUGCCAAAGACGGUUAUGGACUUUCUUCUGAUUCGAAAGUAAUGAUUGAUAUCACUGAUGUAAAUGACAACGCUCCAGUUAUAUAUAUGAAAUCCCUGAUGAACCCCGUAGGGGAGAACGUGUCACCUGGUACAGAGGUGGGCAUCAUUAACGUGCAGGACAGAGACUCUGAGAGUAACGGACAGGUCCGCUGCUCCAUUCAGCAAAACGCCCCCUUUAAGUUGGUUCCUUCUAUUAAAAACUAUUAUUCUCUGGUGACCACAGGACAACUGGACCGUGAACUAGUGGCUGAUUACAACAUUACAAUCACCGCCACUGACGAGGGCUCUCCACCUCUGUCCUCCUCUAAAACUGUUCAGUUAUCUGUAGCAGACAUCAACGACAACCCACCGGUGUUUGAGGAACAGUCCUACAGCGCAUAUUUGACUGAAAAUAACAAACCUGGCUCCACUUUAUGUUCCGUUAGUGCUCGAGACCCCGACUGGAGACAAAACGGUACAGUGAUUUAUUCUCUGUUACCCGGUGAGGUGAACGGUGCCCCGGUGUCCUCCUAUCUGUCUAACGGACAGCCCUCUCUCUCUGCCACCUGCUCCAUGUAUUUACUUAUUUCUGAUAACUUGGCUGAGGUGCCAGAACUGAAGGACAUUUCUUAUGAUGAGAAGAACUCCAAGCUGACGUCAUACCUGAUCAUCGCGCUGGUGUCUGUGUCCACCUUUUUCCUGACCUUCAUUAUCAUCAUCCUGGGUGUGAGGUUUUGUCGCAGGAGAAAGCCCAGACUGUUGUUUGAUGGAGCAGUCGCCAUCCCCAGCGCUUAUCUCCCUCCUAAUUACGCAGAUGUUGACGGCACAGGAACUUUACGCAGCACUUACAAUUAUGACGCCUACCUGACAACGGGUUCUAGGACCAGCGACUUUAAGUUCGUGUCAUCUUACAAUGACAACACACUGCCUGCUGACCAGACUCUGAGGAAAAGUCCGACUGACUUUGCUGAGGCAUUUGGGACAUCACAGGAUUUACUGGAGGUAGGAUUUCUAUGAAAAUAGUUUCCAUAUAUGCAUCUAUAAUUAAUAACUCUCCGUUGUGCUGGUUUUUCUUUACAAAUAUUAGUUAUUCAUUUCCUUCAUAUUUUUGAUUUCAUCAAAAUAUU